AUGGUUUCCUGCUUCUCUCCGUCUGCUGGGUGUGCUCUUCUGUUCUGCUGUUCCACUUCUGAUGCAGUGUUGGAGAAGUGGUACAAGCGUCACCUGACCUACCAGAUUGUGAACUGGCCUCGUCACCUGUCUCCCGGCUCCGUGCGGCUGGCGGUGCGUGCGGCCUUCCAGCUUUGGAGCAACGUGUCGGGCUUGGCGUUCCAAGAGGCCCCUGAAGGAGCUGUGGCGGACAUCCGACUGGCCUUUUACGACGGGGACCACAAUGACGGAGCCGGCAACGCCUUCGACGGCCCAGGGGGGACGCUGGCCCAUGCCUUCCUGCCCCGUCGUGGAGAGGCUCACUUCGACAGAGCAGAGAGAUGGACUCUAAAUGGCCAUAAGGGACAUAACCUGUUCCUGGUGACGGCCCAUGAGAUCGGACACACUCUGGGCCUGGAGCACUCCCCCGUCAGACACGCCCUCAUGUCGCCUUACUACCGCAGACUGGGCCGCCGCCUGCUGCUCAGCUGGGACGACAUCAUCGCUGUGCAGCAGCUCUACGUCCUCGGCCUCUGUCCCUUCAUGACCAAACCCACGCCACCUCACCUCACCCACGCCUCUCCUCACCCACACCUCUCCUCACCCACGCCUCGCCUCACCCACACCUCUCCUCACCCACACCUCGCCUCACCCACGCCUCGCCUCACCCACACCUCUCCUCACCCACACCUCGCCUCACCCACGCCUCGCCUCACCCACACCUCGCCUCACCCACGCCUCCCCACGCCUCACCUCACCCACACCUCGCCUCACCCACGCCUCCCCACGCCUCACCUCACCCACGCCUUGCCUCACCCACGCCACACCUCACCUCCACCCACGCCUCGCCUCACCCACGCCUCGCCUCACCCACACCUCGCCUCACCCACGCCUCCCCACGCCUCACCUCACCCACGCCUUGCCUCACCCACGCCACACCUCACCUCACCCACGCCUCGCCUCACCCACGCCUCGCCUCACCCACGCCUCGCCUCACCCACGCCUUGCCUCACCCACGCCUUGCCUCACCCACGCCUUGCCUCACCCACGCCUCUCCUCACCCACGCCACACCUCACCUCACCCACGCCUCGCCUCACCCACACCUCUCCUCACCCACGCCUCGCCUCACCCACGCCUCGCCUCACCCACGCCUCGCCUCACCCACGCCUCGCCUCACCCACGCCUCGCCUCACCCACGCCUCUCCUCACCCACGCCUCGCCUCACCCACGCCUCGCCUCACCCACGCCUCGCCUCACCCACGCCUCGCCUCACCCACGCCUCGCCUCACCCACGCCUCGCCUCACCCACGCCUCGCCUCACCCACGCCUCGCCUCACCCACGCCUCGCCUCACCCACGCCUCCCCACGCCUCACCUCACCCACGCCUUGCCUCACCCACGCCUCGCCUCACCCACGCCUCGCCUCACCCACGCCUCGCCUCACCCACGCCUUGCCUCACCCACGCCUUGCCUCACCCACGCCUUGCCUCACCCACGCCACACCUCACCUCACCCACGCCUCGCCUCACCCACACCUCUCCUCACCCACGCCUCGCCUCACCCACGCCUCGCCUCACCCACGCCUCGCCUCACCCACGCCUCGCCUCACCCACGCCUCUCCUCACCCACGCCUCGCCUCACCCACGCCUCGCCUCACCCACGCCUCGCCUCACCACCCUCGCCUCACCUCGCCUCGCCUCACCCACGCCUCGCCUCACCCACGCCUCGCCUCACCCACGCCUCGCCUCACCCACGCCUCGCCUCACCCACGCCUCGCCUCACCCACGCCUCGCCUCACCCACGCCUCGCCUCACCCACGCCUCGCCUCACCCACGCCUCGCCUCACCCACGCCUCCCCACGCCUCACCUCACCCACGCCUUGCCUCACCCACGCCUCGCCUCACCCACGCCUCGCCUCACCCACGCCUCGCCUCACCCACGCCUUGCCUCACCCACGCCUUGCCUCACCCACGCCUUGCCUCACCCACGCCACACCUCACCUCACCCACGCCUCGCCUCACCCACACCUCUCCUCACCCACGCCUCGCCUCACCCACGCCUCGCCUCACCCACGCCUCGCCUCACCCACGCCUCGCCUCACCCACGCCUCUCCUCACCCACGCCUCGCCUCACCCACGCCUCGCCUCACCCACGCCUCGCCUCACCCACACCUCGCCUCACCCACGCCUCGCCUCACCCACGCCUCGCCUCACCCACGCCUCGCCUCACCCACGCCUCGCCUCACCCACGCCUCGCCUCACCCACGCCUCGCCUCACCCACGCCUCCCCACGCCUCACCUCACCCACGCCUUGCCUCACCCACGCCACACCUCACCUCACCCACGCCUCGCCUCACCCACGCCUCGCCUCACCCACGCCUCGCCUCACCCACGCCUCGCCUCACCCACGCCUCGCCUCACCCACGCCUCGCCUCACCCACGCCUUGCCUCACCCACGCCACACCUCACCUCACCCACACCUCUCCUCACCCACGCCUCGCCUCACCCACGCCUCGCCUCACCCACGCCUCGCCUCACCCACGCCUUGCCUCACCCACGCCUUGCCUCACCCACGCCACACCUCACCUCACCCACACCUCUCCUCACCCACGCCUCGCCUCACCCACACCUCUCCUCACCCACGCCUCACCUCACCCUCACCUCUCCUCACCCACACCUCUCCUCACCCACGCCUCUCCUCACCCACGCCUCGCCUCACCCACGCCUCUCCUCACCCACGCCUCGCCUCACCCACGCCUCGCCUCACCCACGCCUCUCCUCACCCACGCCUCGCCUCACCCACACCUCUCCUCACCCACGCCUCGCCUCACCCACGCCUAGGGGACGGUUGGCAACCCUACCCACGCCUCUCCUCACCCACGCCUCGCCUCACCCACGCCUCGCCUCACCCACGCCUCGCCUCACCCACGCCUCGCCUCACCCACGCCUCGCCUCACCCACGCCUCGCCUUGCCUCUGCUGCGUCCCCUUUCAGAAGGCUACAAGCUCACAUCCCACAGAUAUGA